AUGAUCGUCGAAAAACGAUUCUCCAUACCUGACGACCCUACUCCUGCGGAAGCGCCUCCCGCUUACGACGAUGCUACUAGUACGCCAAGAGCUGCACCUAUCGCGCCUUACCCGGUAGACGAGAAAUAUUCUCCGUUCGGUCAAGCUGCGGUAUCCUCGCCUUCCUCAGAGGCCGCAUUCUCAUCUCCAACGGGAGGGACACAUGGAUUCAGCGGUGGCUUUAAGCUAAAUCAGUCUUCGAGCAGUUGGUUCCCAUUUGGACAACGCGCACGCACCGCGAAGCAGGUGAAGGCGACAGUACAGGCUUUACUCCGUGACCUUGUAAAGCAGUCAGAAGCCCCGGACUCGUCGACCAAUGCAAUUCUCGAAAGCUGCGCCGAUGCAUGUCAUUCUCACAGCGUGCCCCUUUCGACCCUCCUGCAAGAGCAGUUCAUAGAGGGACGCACGCCCAUCUAUUGGGCCAUCAUUAAUCGUCCUCACGACCGCAAACGCGCAUUUUACGACGUUUCUUUGUCCUCGGAGCCCGACCUAGUCAUGCUACUCCUCUCCCUCGCAGUCCCUCUGACAGAAGCGACAAUUUCCGAAGUCCGAUUGGCGUGUUUGCACGACUGCGAUCAGGAAUUAUUCCAGCGACUGCGUCGCUCGCCAGGAUUCUCUUCCAUGACGGGGACGGAGGAAAUGCUGCUGGGUGGACAGGUGCCUCCGGACGAGAUUUCUGUGGAAAAUGUCGAGGCAGACGAUCACGCAUUCAUCGCGCAAUUUCGUAUACCCAUGUUCCAAAAGCGCAUGCGUGUUUCAAGACAGAUCAAUUUAGAGUUUAUUGCUCGGGAGCGCCUGUGGUCAGUUAAGUUCUUAGUGUCAACCGCGGAUAACAUACGUACGCGGCAUAUCGCGACGCCAGGCACGUGGGUCGUAUUGUUGUCACUUCUUGAACACAGCCCGCCCACAGCAGUCGAUUCACGCCUAAUCAUCAAGGAUGCAGGUAGCCCCUGCGAUACCCCGCCGUCGUCCCCUCAGGAUUCCCCAUCGGGUCGCAAAGAGAAGGGCAAGCCGACGAUCUCGCUUCGCUUAAAGACAGGCCCAAUCCCGCUCUCGCCGGAGGGCCACCACAGCUAUAUAGGCGCGUCAUUCAAAGAUAGCCUCAUGGCAGACAGUCUGCAAUUUCACGGCAGCCCGUAUAUAGCGGCUGACGGCUCCCUGAAGGCUAGACUGGAUGCAAGGCUGGGGAACUCAAAAGCUGACUGCAUCAUUUGCUGA